AUGUGGCUAUCCUUCUAUAUGGAUGUUAGUGUCAACCAUGACUCUGCCAUCCGAAGGUUCUGCCCUGAAAGAAUGGAGCAUGAGCAAGGAGGAGAGUGGCAAGACCAAGAGGUAGUACUUAAUGAGAUUGAAUUAUGUUCUUCUGAUGCUACCAGCACUCCUUGUUUGGCUUCUUCAGAAGUUGAUGAUUUUGUUGAUAGCUUCAUCAACAUGGAUCAGUAUGAGUAUGACAAUGUAGAUCAAGAGUCCCAAGAGAAGCAUCAAAAUUUUGAUCACUUUGUGGUGAAUGAUGAAGAUGAGGCUGAUGCAUACUCCGUGGUGAAUGACAUCUUUGGAUAUGUUCCAACCACAACCAUGGUGGAUGUAGAAUUGGAGAUCUAUGAGAAUGUCACAAUGCCCAUCUCGGACGAGGAGGAAGUUGAAAUGAGUGGCUCUUAUGGUGCUGCUAUACCUGAGUUUGUGCCUUGUGUAGAAGAGACUAGCCUUGGUAUGGACCAAGGGCUACACUUGGUUCACAUGCUGUUGGCAUGUGCUGAGUCUGUGGGCUGCAGAGACACCCAACAAACAGAGUUGUUGCUUAGCAGCAUUUGGGCUUUGGCAAGUCCUUCUGGAGAUUCAUUGCAAAGAGUGUCCUACUGUUUUGCCACAGGAUUGAAAUGUAGGUUGUCACUUCAUCCUCAUAAUGUCAUUGCAAAUGGUUCGCUCAAAAGUACUCCUACUAUGGAUGUCCCUUUGAUCACUAGGGAGAAUAAGUUAGAAGCUUUUCAUCUCCUUUACCAAACCACACCUUACAUUGCUUUUGGUUUCAUGGCUGCAAAUGAAGCUAUAUGCCAAGGGUCACAAGGAAAAGGCUACAUACACAUAAUUGAUUUAGGAAUGGAGCAUACCCUUCAGUGGCCUUCCCUUAUUAGGGCCCUUGCGUCAAGGCCUGAGGGGCCUCCAAAACUUAGAAUCACAGGAUUAAUGAACAAUGAAGACAACCCUAAACUUCAAACUAGCAUGAAUUUGCUUGUGGAGGAAGCAAGCUCAUUGGGAAUACCUCUUGAAUUCCACAUAAUAUCAGAGCCUGCAACUCCACCUCUUCUUACUAAGGAGAAGCUAAACUUGAGAGAAGGUGAAGCUUUGUUUGUUAAUAGUAUCUUGCUGUUGCACAAAUAUGUCAAAGAAAGUAGAGGCUAUCUUAAGGCAAUUCUCCAAUCAAUAAAGAAGCUUGGACCAAUUGCAGUUACAGUGAUAGAGCAAGACACAAACCAUAAUGGUCCUUUCUUCCUUGGAAGAUUUUUGGAAUCACUGCACUAUUACUCAGCAAUAUUUGAUUCUCUUGAGGCUAGUAUGCCAAGAAAUAGCCAACAAAGGAUGAAAAUAGAGAGAUUGCACUUUGCUGAGGAAAUUCUUAAUAUUGUAGCUUACGAGGGUCCAGAUAGAAUGGAAAGACAUGAAAGGGUAGAUCAAUGGAGAAGACAAUUAGCACGAGCAGGAUUUCAGGUAAUGCCACUGAAAUGCACAAGCCAAGCUAGAAUGAUGCUUUCUGUUUAUGACUGUGAUGGAUAUACAUUGUCCAAUGAGAAGGGUAUCCUUCUACUUGGGUGGAAAGGAAGGCCAGUAAUGAUGGCUUCUGCAUGGCAAGUGGCAAGUGUGUAA